CUUUAAAUUUGAAUAUGGUUGUGUUCGUUGUGUUGUGGGUACAAUUUGAAUAUGAUUGUGUUUCUUAUACCACAAAUCUGUAUAAAUGAUUUUUAUUUUUUCUUUUUGCUUCAGGAAGUGACCUGAUACUUGUAAUUUUCUUGGAGAAUGAAUUUUGUUAAAGCAUUAAUUCAUUAUGGAGGAGAGUGGAAUGAAAGUAACUGCUACUCAAAUUACAAAGUGGCUGGUGUACAUAUUCCAGAGAAUUGUUCAUUAUUUGAUCUUGGAAAUUUGAUCAAAAAUGAAAUAAACACUACUUGGGACAAUGUUGAGAUCUCAUACCAAGUAACUAAAAGUGAGCCACCGAUAAAGAUGUUGACUAACAACUCGGUGCUUUUUUACAUAGACUUGAAGAAGAGUUGCAAUUCUAUACUUGAGUUACCAUUGUGCAUAGAAGAAUGUUAUUAUACUUCAUUCCAAAAUACGGUUACUAAUCAUGAAUUGAUCCAAACACAUUACCAACAUUCAGAAAAAAAUCAAGCUGCAAUACACAACAUGGGGAUUGGUUCCUUGGUACUACAAGCAAGAACAAUAAUUGAAAGUGAGAUAUUUGAAGAUGGUACCUCAAGUAACCAUAAUUCCAGAAGACUUACUGAUUAUACUAAUGAAGUUGCUGACUUCAUCAUUGAAGAAACUACAAGAAACAAAAGAAAAAGGGAAGAAGAUAAGACAAUCAUUGAAACUCACAAGUUGCAAACAUUAGUAGAAGGACAAUCAUGAGUUUUGUUCUGCUUACUACAAAACUGAAACAAUGAAAGCAACUUAUGCAGAAACAGUUUAUCCUUUGCCACAUGAGGAUGAAUGGAGUCUACCAGAAGAAUUGGACAUACUUGUCCUACCUCCAAAAGGAAAAAUUCCUCCCGGUAGACCAAGGAGGAGAAGGAUAAGAGCACGGGGAGAGCCAAGAGUGGUUAUGAAGUGUGGACGAUGUGGCAAAUCAGGUCAUAAUAGAAAAACGUGCAGAAACCCACCUAUGGAGAAGCCACACAAGCCAAGAGAAUGAUUCAUUUACUUUUACUUAAGGAUGUUGCUCGUUAUAUUCAUUCAUAAAAAAGGAACAAGUUACUAUGGACAUCAUACUACAUAAGGUUGUAAUGAUUUGUUACAUUCUUUACCUUGGGAAAACAUUAGUUCUUUUGCUUAAAUGAAUAUUGAUCAAACUUUGAAUACUUUUUUUUUAAAAAACAAAAUAAUAAAAAAAAUGAAGAAGAAAAAAGUAACCUAGUGUGUUUGUCAUGCUUUACAAAGUAACCUAACUACAUAAGAAAGUAACCUAAUAUCAGUAUUUUGA